AACUUAAAAUCUGCAAAAGAUAACAUUGAGGUGCUCCGCCGAAAAAUUUCACAUGAAAUAUCAAUGGGGAGAAUUGCUGGUCCGUUUAUCAGUGCACCCUUUAAAAAUUUACAGAUUUCCCCAUUAGGUCUUGUCCCUAAAAAAGAGCCAAAUGAGUUCCGAUUAAUUCACCAUCUCUCCUUUCCAGACGGUUCUUCGAUAAAUGACGGUAUUGCCCCUGAGGAUGUUUCAGUUAAAUAUCAAACCGUUUCAGAUGCAAUUGGCCUGAUUAAGUAUUUUGGGAAAGGUGCUCUUAUGGCAAAAACAGAUAUUGAGAAUGCAUUUCGCAUUAUUCCUAUUCAUCCACAAGAUCACAAUCUUUUAGGAAUGAAAGUCGGAGAGCAUUAUUAUUAUGACAAGGUCCUCCCUAUGGGUUGUUCUAUAUCAUGUCGUUUGUUUGAAGAAUUUAGUACAGCUCUGCAUUGGGUUUUACAAAAUAAAUUACAGACAGCAGGUGUUACCCAUGUUUUGGAUGAUUUUCUGUUUGUCGCUCCCAAAAACUCAAAUAAAUGUCAGACAGAUUUAGAAAAUUUUCUAAAUCUGUGCAAACAGGUCUGUAUUCCAAUUAAACAUAGUAAAACUGUAUUACCAUGCACUACCAUAACAUUCCUUGGGAUUGAACUAGAUAGUAUCCGAAUGCAAGCUAGGUUACCGAACGAUAAGCUAGUGAAAAUACGCAAUCUGUUAGCCAGUUUUCAGCAAAAAGCAAAAGUAACACUUCGUGAACUACAAUCGUUGAUAGGCUUGCUGAAUUUUGCUUGUAGUGUGAUAACUCCUGGUCGUCCAUUUUUACGUAGAUUGAUAGAUCUAACAAGAGGCUUGACAAAACCCAAUCACCACGUCAGACUAAACAGAGAAGCCAAAGCCGAUAUCAGAGCUUGGCUACAUUUCAUACAAUCUUAUAAUGGGGUCACCUUGUUCCUGUCGGAUAUAUGGGAGUCAUCGGCACGUUUACAUUUCUAUACAGAUGCUAGUGGAAUAGGAUUUGGAGCGGUUUUGGGAACAAAGUGGUUUUUCAGAAAAUGGUCAAAAGAUUUUGAGUCUUUUCACAUAACAAUUAAAGAACUUUUUCCUAUAGUCCUUGCUGUCCAGCUUUGGGGGAAUUAUCUUCAGAAUAAGUGUGUACUUUUUCAUUGUGAUAACUCGGCAGUCGUCGCAGUGUUGACAUCACAUACCAGCAAAGAUUCAACUAUAAUGAAAUUAGUACGGAAGCUUGUGGUUAAAUCACUACAAUUAAAUUUCAUGUUUCGUGCAGAGCAUAUCAUGGGGAAACGAAAUGUGUUAGCUGAUCAUCUGUCUCGUUUACAGGUAGACAGUUUUCGGCUAUUGGCCCCGCAAAUGGACAACGAGGCAACACCCAUACCGGACAAUCUGUUGACCAUCUGACAACGCAUGUUCAGAGCCUUUUGAAGGAUGCUAUCGCUCCUCAAACACAAGCACUGUAUAGACGUGCUUUCCAGGCCUUACAUCAAUUUGUAAACAGGGAUUUUCAUUUACAAACAUGCUUGCCCACUACAGUAGGCACUUUGGUCUACUUUAUUGCGCAUUUGUCUCAGCAAAAAAUGGCAGCAGCUACAGUGUCGACUUAUACAGCAGCUAUCGGUUACAUCAACCGCUUAGCCGGUCACCCGGACCCAACUCAAUCAUUCAUUGUAAAGAAAAUAUUGACUAGUAUUCAGAGAGGUUCUUAUCGUCCAGAUACACGACUACCCAUUACACCAAACAUACUGAACAAACUAGUUCAUUCCUUACCUCACAUAGCUUCGUCACAUUAUCAAGCAUGCAUGCUAAAAGCAAUGUAUCUGUUAGCAUUUCAUGCCUUUUUACGCGUAGGCGAAAUCACUAUAAACAAAUCUACUUCGCAUGUCUUACAAUUUGACGAUGCCAAGAUCAUUUUGGCUGGCUCAAGACCUUCCACUCUAGAGUUGACGUUUAGGUUAUUUAAGGGUCAUUACAAUAUUCGUCCCGUCACCCUAGCAAUUCAUGCUAAGAGUCAGGAACUUUCCACCUGCCCAGUCACAGCUUUGUACCAAUACAUUCAAUUAAGGGGUGUCUUACCAGGUCCAUUAUUCACAUUCCCAGGAAAUAUCCCAGUAUCUUACCAACACUUCAGUUUAUGUCUCAGAAACUCCCUGAUAUGGGCAGGCUUUCAGCCAAACCAGUAUACCAGUCAUAGUUUCCGUAUUGGGGCUGCCAGCACAGCUGCAGCGACGGGGGUUCCAGAUGAGGAAAUACAACAAAUGGGCAGGUGGAAGCCGUUGGCUUUCAAACGCUAUAUACGGCUCCCUACUCUUUAUGACAUACCAACCCCGUUAUACUAACGGUUGCUUUCACAGCAAGCUGUAGCUAAACAUUUCAAUCUUUAAGACAUCCAUUCACUUCACUGUUGGGUUUGGUCUGGACUAGUUUAGCUCAACCUGGGCAUAGGGUCGAGGUUGUUAGGAGUCUGUUCAAUCUGUACAUUUUUUAUGUGUUUCUAUGUUAUAUUGUUCAAACUGUACAUUUUUAUGUGUUCUAGGUUAUAUAAACUUGGUACAGAAUUUCCGUCAAUAACUUACCAAAUCCUACUGCAUUCUUGCUAAAUUUGAAUGGCAAUGUACAUGCGAUUGUUUUCAUUUCAUAGUACUCAUAAUAUCAGUUGAAGUGGAUACCAACCUGGGCAUAGGGUCGAGGUUGAUUCUUCUUCUUGGUUGAUGUAUGUAUAUUAAAAGUCAUAAAUAAUCUGUACACCUGAUUACAUAUUGUAUGUCUUUCAAUAAUUUGUGUUAUUGAUAUCCAGAUAACCUGGGCAUAGGGUCGAGGUUUCUGGAUCUAGUCGUGUACUUAUAUAUACCAGUUAUCUUUAAUUUUACGGAUGGGCGACUGGAUGCUGAAUACAUGGUGUUUCUUUGUAUUGGAGAAACUAAUUUGGACAAUUCAUUGUAUACAUGUUUGGGGUUUACCCCUUUUAGUUUGAUUACUCAUAACGUUUUCCGGUGUUGAAUAUAACACUGUCCUAAUUUGUGAUAAUAUCUUGGGAUUGGUGUGCUUAUACCAUUCCCAUGUUUCCAUACCUUUUCUUUGUCACAAACUCUUAUUGUUUUAUGUUUAAAUGCUUGAAAAUACGUUAUUUGUAUCUUAAUUUUUGUGUGUGGAAUGCAGGCGUUUUGUAAGUGCCUGGAUAUCAGACUUUUAUCAUCAUAUCAUUUCACUUUUGCUGUGGAUCUCUUAUAGAUGCAGCGUUACCUCAAAUGCUUGGAAGCUUAACUAUGCAUAUAUUUAUGACAUGUAACUGUUUUCUUUAUGGUGAUGCGUUGAGCAUCUGUUUUAAAUGUAUAUCAGCAGUUUAUAACUCAUGCAUCACAUAUGAAUUAUUAUAUUAUACAUUAAUUCGGACACGACUUCGGGUGGGUUAUGGUUCCUGAUCAUUAGGAUAAUCAGAUACCAUUGUGGCGGUUUUGUAUCCCCACCUUGGACCAAAGUUCGAUUCAUAUGGUUGAUUUUAUGAAUAUCAACUUGUAUUGCAAGUUUGUUUCAAUUGUCGUUUAAUAAAUAAACGCCCAAUUGUCAUGUCCGAAGUCAUGUAUAACAACAUGUCAAACAUGAAUGACCAACUAGUGUACUUAUAUGUGGGCAUGUUUGUGCAUGUGUUU